AUGUCAUCUCUGCAGCACAAGCCGUGGGAAUCCCCCCGUGCUGUCUCUCUUGUGCAGUGCACGCCAGCUGCCGAGCAGUCGAGGGUCCGGCUGCGUCGAUCGGGAGUGUAUUCCAAGCUCGACGUGCAGCAACGGCUGAAAUCAUGUGACAACACAGCAGAAGAGCCAAGACAGGAGGCCUGUACAGCCCCAGACUCUGGCGCACAGUUGCCUGCAGCCGAGGCUGUCCUCUCGGAGGAGGCAAAAGCUGUUAGCGCCGAGCUGCUUAGGGCAGCACGCCACUGGCAGGAAGAGCACAGAGAGUGGCAGCGACGCUAUAGCCAGUGGCUGGUGGAGCAGAGCCACUGGGAGGGCCUCCGUGCGGCAGAAAGUGACCUUCGAAGGGUCCCUACGACCAAUCACGUGGUGACAGGGGCUGUCUUCGGAGCAAUGAAACGAGGGCUUUUUGCCAGCGGAAGAGCAGCAGCAUUCAUCUGCACUAAGGCGGUGUGCAAGACUAAAGUCGCCCUCCUUCCAGCGGCGAAACGCCUAGGGAGACGACUUGCUUCCUUUGGUCACAAGGAGGCACCACUGCAGCAGCAGCAGCAGCAGCAAACACUCGAAGCACUCCAGCAACAACAACGCCUCUAUCUCUCCAAACUUCAGCGCCAGGAAGCGAUGGACGAACAGUGGGUGCCAACGCAGCAGGACAGCGAAUUUCAUGACCACCAGGAGGAGCAGCGGCAGCAGCAGCAAAAACAGAGGAGGCGGCCAGAGCAACAGCACUCUGAAGUCGCUUGGCAAGAUCCCCUUGAAGAAAGCGCAGAUAAAAAUUUGUCUCCGAGGAAGCAUCACGAUGUUCCUCCCACCACUUCACAUACAGCCAGAGGAUCUAUCCUCCGUGAGCGCCCUAAAGCCCUUCCUGAAGCAGAAGAAGGGAGGGAGGCCGAGACACAGGACACUGGAGAGGAGACACUUAGAGCUUUAGACGCUUCCAUUGACUGGAUUGUUGACGUGGGUUUUAACUCAGCGGCGCGCGCAGCGGCAGCAGCUGCACUUCAGCGCAGAGAGGAGCUGCGACUAAAGCAGCAGAACCUUCAGGGCAAGAGACAAAAGAGCAUUUCCUCAAGAGGCAGCAGCCAAGCCACAUGCUGCGAAUCCUCUUGCUCUGCUGAAGAAUUCCUCCAGGUGACGGCAAGGAGGCGUCUGGCUAGGGAGAGACCCUUAGUCCAAAGGCCUCUGCCUGACUUUACAAGGUUCUCUACUAGACCGCAGCGCUCUUCCUUGGGGGGCGGGGGCCCCUUGACGAAAGAAAAGUGCCUAAACGCUAAUUCCGACGCGCAAACAGACUGCUCUGUGGAAGACUGUGUUCUACACUGCGGCCAUAGCAUUGAGGAGGUCACCCUCUCUGACAGCAGCAGCAGCAGCUGCGUCGCGCGCCGGCUAAGGGCGUCAAGGAGGCUGCGCGCUGCGGCGGCAGCAGCAAAAAGGAGGCAGUUCCUAUUGAAACAACGGAGGGCUCAGGCCACCAAAAGGGAGGAGCUCUGCUAUGCAGAGGUCGGUAUCGACGUCGCGCUAUAA